AUUAGGCUUAGGCAGCUUUUCGCCGGAGCUUGGGCAAGGGGUCAGCGAAAUCUUGGACAACACGAGCCACUAUCAAUAUAUACUCUCUAAAACCCUAUACCCAGAUCUAAACCCUUGGAUCUUUGGGCGAUAUCUAAAAUCUUUUAUUAUUAGAAGGUUUGAAGCCUCAGAGAUGGGAAUUAUCAGAAGCGGUUUCUCCUUCAUUGCAGGGACGGUGUUUGGCAUCUACCUUGCUCAAAAUUACGACGUUCCAAACAUUAGAAAGCUGACAAACACCGGCCUCUUAAUAGCCAAGCACAUCGAGGAAACUUACAGGAAGCCCAAGAAGCGAGACGAGGAUGAUUGAUUUGAUUUUGGCUUUAGAUUCCAGGUUCUUACAUUACUGUUUUGAGGGAUUUUGGGGGUUCUUGUAGGCUCAAGUUUCUAACCUUUGUUGGGCACUUAUUGGCUUUCAUUUUGAUCUCUGUAUUUGUGCCUGGGAAAUUCAAUAUGGUUCAAGAAAGCAGAAAUUAUAAUUGCC